AUGAAAGUAACAUCAAAUACGAAGAUCCCAGCAAUCUACUGGGAGAAACGGUACUCAGCAUGCACCUCUCGCCUUAUUGAGUGGUGCAAGGCCAAUGAUGAAGCUCGGAUCAAGCUGUUCUCUGACUCACCCAAAGAUGCAAAGGAAGAGGGUCGACCACGACAGCAGAUGUCCACCCAGAAGAAAAACCAUAUCCAGCAGCUGGCUGCUGCUGAUUUUUACCAACUGAUGAAGAUCCAACCAUUCAUGCAUUAUAUGAGGAGCACCCACUUAGCUUCAUCAAACCUGUUGAAAGCUUCGAAAAAGCACAAUGCUGUCAACAAAGGCCUUGGCCAAACAGGGGCUGGAGUCAAGUCUGUCGAGGAGCUGGAUGCAGACCCUCGUACUAAAAAUCUUGUUGCUCAGCUUCUUCUGCAAUUUCCAUGGUGGUCUGACCUCCAUGGAUGGUGGAGGACGAAUCCAUCCUACAAUACAGCAUUUUCGACAGCAGACCCUGGUCAAGAUUUUGCCAGCGAGGCACUCGAAUUUUUUACUGGAGCUCCGCACGAUGAAGAUAAGGGUAGUGGUGAGAGGGAUCUUGACGAUGAAGAUCUAGAGCCAGGAGAAAUUCUUGAACAACCACUUGGUGGGGGGGAAACACUUGCUGGAGCUUCGUGUCCACCAAUUGAAAGUGAUGAUGACCUCUACAGUGACCUCAGCCAUUCGAACAAGCCCUCAUUUUUGCAGCAUCGUACCUCUUCUUGCAUCCCAUCACCUCAAAUUUCAGUCACCGAUUUAUCGUCAUUAGAUUCACCAAGUUCGACAACAUCACCAUUGCCCCCCUUAAAUCUUUGCCUCAAUCACUACAGCCUUUCACCUUCAUAUCCUGCUGUGGCUCGACCAACUAACACCAAUCAGCCUCCAGAUAUCUCACUGGACUCGCCACCAAGACAUACUACUCAGAUUCCUUCACAUGCAGUGUCACCAGACUCUCCACCUCCACAUGCUAACGAGGACAACUUCUUCACCGACAUGGAGUGUCAACCUGAGUCUUCUGGUGUUGCAGUGGCCUAUGUGGUCGAAGUCCAGCCACCUCUCACCGUCCAUCAGCAUCUGGGUCUAAUACUUGUUCAGCAUCUGUCACGAGUUCCAAAUACAAAUCAUUAUUCAUUCCUUAAUUCUAAGUCCUUUAAGCGCCCAGUCACAGCGCCUGUUCCUAAGAAUAUGUUUACUAUCAAAGAAGUUCCUAUUAUUGCGUCUAUUGUAGAAUUACCAGAGUCACGUGAUCUAUCAGACAAUGCCGAAGAUGUUGACGUCAUGCCUCGCGAUACUCUUGGAAUGUUCCAGACAUCAGAAUCUCGCAAGCGGCCACGCGAUUUAGGAGCAGAGCUUACGAAGAAGCUAGCUGAUGCCUCUGACUCACUCCUACUCCACAUGCCGGAUAAGUCGGAUUCCAAAGCCUCGAGCAAGCGGAUGAAGUUUGACUAUGCUAAGUUUUCAAAGGAGUUAAAGGCCCGUGAAGCUCAUGCUGAGCGUGAACAUGAUGCACGCAGAUUCAUUGCUACUCAUAGUCAUGAACGUGCCAUGUCCGAGGACAAGACAAGGCAACUGGAGUUAGAGAUCAGACUCGAAGAGGCCAAGUAUCGUCACUUGGCAAUGGAGCGUUUUGGUAUGGACGGUACUACUGAUGAUGACGCCAAUUGA